AUGUCAUUUUCCCGAACAUUGUCAGUUGUUGGAUGCCAUGCCGAAGGUGAAGUCGGCGAUGUAAUUACAGGCGGCGUACUCGAUGUUCCUGGCAACACCAUGUACGAUAAACUGGUGUAUUUUUUGCACAAGAAAGACAAUAUCCGUCAGCUUUUACUCAACGAGCCACGAGGUCGAUCUUCGAUGAACACGAAUUUGAUCCUACCACCCUGUGAUCCACGGGCCGACGCAGGAUUUUUGAUCAUGGAGAGUGAAGAAUAUGCACCAAUGUCGGGGUCUAAUGCCAUAUGCACUACCACUGUGCUUUUGGAAACCGGUAUGGUUCCGAUGAAAGAACCAAUCACCGAGUUGACACUGGAUACCGCCGCCGGUCUAGUGGGUGUUACUGCGCAAUGUGAGGCUGGAAAAUGCAAAAGCGUUGCCUUCGAUAAUGUACCCGCGUUUGUCUUUAAGCUUGACUACAAAGUCCAAGUCCCUGGAAUUGGAGAGGUCUCUGUUGAUAUCGCCUGGGGAGGUAUGAUGUACGUGUUGGUGGAUGCGGCCUCGGUGGGGCUAAAAGUUGAGGCUCAAUUUAGUACGCAGCUAGUUGAUGUAGGCGAGCGUAUCAAGCGUGCAGUCCAGUCAUCCUAUACCCCUGUUCAUCCUGAGAACUCCAGAAUUAAGGGUGUCAGUAUCCUGGGAUUUACUGAGCCUCUGACAUCAGAAAAGGAGUGCAAAACCGCCGUCAAUACUGUUGUUGUCUCGCCCGGGCGAUUUGAUCGCAGUCCAUGUGGGACUGGGACAUGUGCACGAAUGGCUGUUUUGUAUGCAAGGGGUCAGCUCAAGGAGGGAGAGAUCUUCAAACAUCGCAGUAUUAUUGGCACGGAGUUUAUCAGCCAUAUUCGUGGCAUUACGAAGGUGGGAGACUACCAGGCUGUCCUACCAACGGUCUCUGGCCGGGCCUGGAUCACGAGUUUCAAGCAAGUCGUUCUUGACUCGAGUGAUCCUUUCCCUGAAGGCUUCAGAGUUGGUGACCAGUGGCGAAUGGUUCCAAAUUAG